AUGAACAGGAGGAUUCGAUCCAGUCACUUGCAGUCGCAUAACAGGGCGGAGCCCUAUCUCCGAUACCUGAAACCAGGCGCGCUUGCCCAAAUUAGGGACUCGCGAUUUAGUGCCAGAUCGCGCCGAAUCGACUUGCUACCCCAGAUCUGGGCCCACAGUGCCUCUCCACCAUCAUCUAAUCCGUCUAAUGGCGGUCGACCAGAAGUCAACUUGAUCGACGUCUUCCCUUGCUUUUCUCCGAGGAUUUAUGUCCCGCGGUGUCCGCAACGAAAGAAGCUCGUGGCCGCUAAAGCAGUGCUGUUCUCGAACGCUAGCACGUCCGGUCUGGUUUCUGGCUCUCCCGACCCGAUUAUAGAUUCUAUGAGCAGUGAUAACAUCCUUACCGCUCAUUGA